CAUGUGAGAUUCUGGUGUUCAUACACAUAACGCAAGACGCAACAUGAGAGUACAAAAUAAGAAUGCAGCUGUCAUUACAGUUGUUGUGGCUUGUGCGAUUCUGGGCCAUUUCAGUUCGACAGUUGCUGAUUCGGAAGUCAACGACCGCCAGUUUUGGCCGUCAAAUGUACUGGGCAAGCGGGUGAUGCAGUUGGUCAGAGACCAUUUAUCUAGACGGCAAGAGCGAAUAAAAUCAAGACCCACCAAGCAGAUAUGUUACGACGCUGUUGGAUGUUUCCCCGUACCACGAUCAGCACAUUCACCGAUUGUAAAGUCGCCGCAGCCCCCGGAUGCUGUAAACACCAAAUUUUUACUUAUAACCCGACAGAACCGCACGAAUUACUCAUUUGUAACAUACGGAGAUAACCAUAGUUCUUUGAAGAAUUCGAAUUUCAGACCAGAAUUGCCGACUAAAAUUAUAAUACAUGGUUACAAGGGCACUGGGCGGGAUAAAGUGGCUUUACUUUUAGCAAACGCGCUGCUAGACUUGCAAGAAUCAAAUUUGAUAUUGGUAGAUUGGGAAAAAGGUGCACGUGGUCCGUCAUACGUGUUGGCAGCCGCUAAUACCCAGCUAAUUGGGCGCCAAUUGGCUCUACUAAUAACAGAUAUGGUGACUAUGAACAGUGAUCCAGAACGCAUGCACAUUAUUGGUUUCAGCCUCGGGGCCCACGCAGCUGGUUUCGCCGGUAAAUCUCUGAAACAAGACGGUAUCACCAUCGGUAGAAUAACAGGUCUAGAUCCAGCUUCUCCGCUGUUUAGAGAGCUGCUAUCUUCUUCGUUGUCAUCGCUUAGUUCCAAUGACGCCACAUUCGUUGAUGUCGUGCACACCGAUGGUGCAAAGGUGUGGUCCGAAGGGUUAGGUUUAUUUAAUCCAAUAGGCGACGUAGAUUACUUCCCCAACGGUGGACUUGAUCAACCCGGAUGUGAGCAAGUUAGAGGAUCGCUAAUCGUGAGCCGGUUAGAGGGUACAAUGAAUUCGAGUGUUGUAUGUAAUCAUUUAAGAGCAUUGCAAUUCUUUCUGGAAAGCCUAAAAUCAUUGACCGACCCAAAUGCAUGCCAAUUUACUGCAUUUCCAUGUCCUGCUGGUUGGUCUGUCUUCCAAAAGGGUUCUUGCUUUCCCACUAAUUGCACAGAUUCCAAUUGUGUAACAAUGGGUUUUGCAGCAUCUCAAUCUAAACUCCGUGGACCAUUAUAUUUGACAACUAGAGAUUCGAGUCCAUUUUGUGGACGACAACUGAAAGCAUCGGUAUUUUUAUCACCGAAAACCCCAAAACUUUGGGGAUACUUACAAAUGGCAUUGGCUGACGGUCAUAACAGUACAGCAAACUUUAAAUUAAAAACCGAGAUUUCUGAUCAGAUCUCUGGCGGUUUGUUAGCCGAAGGUCUUUCCGUGUGCAGGUACGAAAAGCCAGCUCCCCAACAAUUAAACGUAGAGUUAAGUUUUCAAUCUUUGGCUUAUCAGGCAGAAACCAUCGGACCGGGCUCUACAAACGUCACAGUGUUUGUAGACCGUUUAACAGUAUAUGAUACGGAAGGGAAUGUAUGGUCCAAUUGUGGCGAUAAUGUCUACUUGUCUCAUGUACACGGAACAACAAUAUAUGCAAAAACAUUUAUAUUGUCGUUAUUCGCAUGCUAAUCGUUGAAACGCAGUGCAAUUUUAUUUAUAUUAUACUUUAUAGUUGACUGAAUACAA